CCUUUCCAAUGGACGAACAAAGCCGAACUUAGCCAUCUAUGCUCGAAUCACAAUAAUUUAUUGGGAUACCUGCUUCAAACCUGUUGAAAUUUUGUACCCAACAAACUUAAAUGUUGUAGUUGUUGAUGUAAGGGAAAUAAACUGAUUUGUCUGAGUAUUUGUGUCUGCUUAUUGGAAUAAUUUUAGGUUGUUUGUAUAUUUUUAUUAUUAAUGCAGUGACAAAAUGGCGGAAAAAGAACAAGUAAUUCAAGCCCUACGUGCAACAUUACUAUCAGUCAAAGGUGCACUAACUCUGAAACAGUGUAAUCGUGAUUAUAAAGAACUACAAGGAGAAUGGAUACCAUUCAAAAAAUUGGGCUAUCCGUCAUUAGAAAAGCUUUUUUUGGAUGUGUCAGGUUUUAAAGUAUCCCAAGUUAACGGGGAAUGGUAUGUAGAUGCAAUAGCUAGUCAAGAGACCCAACAUAUUGCUGCUAUGGUAGCUCGUCAAAAACCAAGCAAAAAGUCAGGCUCUAAAGUAAAUUACUUGAAUCGAUUACCAAAAAAGCAAGGAAUAUGGAGGAAGCCAGCUUCAAAUAAUACAUUAAAUUAUGGAAGUCAGUAUUCCAAUCAGUACUAUAGAGCAAAAAGUGGAGCACCACUUAAUAACAACUCUUACAACAACUACAAGAAUGUCAAACCUAACAACACGCAUAAAACGAUCGAAACGAAAAAUAAUAGUACAAUUCCGAAACAGCCAACGAAAACAGCAACGACUGAAUACUCAGAAAAUACCGCAACGAAAAGUUCUGCUCAGCUUCCACAAUUACGAAGUCAUAGCUCUGUUUCUGAAGAGCAUAAACAAUCUGCACGAACAGGCAAAGACAUUGAAAAUAAAAGUAGCGGAAAAGUUUCUGCGUCACAGAGGCUCUCGAAUUUACGAGAUCGUCUUAGCACUGUUGAUCUGAUACCUCUACAAUUGCCAGCAGCGAAUAAUGAAAUUGUUCAGGACAAAAGUGACCCGGUAACGAAUGUGGUGCCGGCCCAUAAAUUGGAGGCUCCCCCAGACUGUACGUCCUCAGUAGCGAAACUUGAGUGGACAUGUAGAAAGCUAGGCCUCCCAUCUCCCGUAUACAAAGUGCAGAAUAUUGGACCGAAACGGGGCCCUGCCAGCUACGACAGUACGGUGAAAGUCGGCGCGUCAUACGUCGCGAUGUCUUAUCCGAAUUCUUCGCCUUCCGAAGAACUGGCAAAAGAAGUGGCUGCCGUAAAAUUACUUGAACUAUUGGAAAGCUCUGAAACUGAAGGAGUACCCACUUCGUCACCAACCAAAGCUAUGUCAUCUCUCGUGGACCUUGUGUCGGAACAUGAAGCUGGACUUUGGGCUAGUACUGUACCUUUUCUUUACAGAAAAAAAUAUGGCGAAAAUUUGCCUACUGACUGGCAAGAUCUUGUGGAAAAUUGUCCUUUCAUCGUGAUAGAUAGGGUUGCUAACGGACUCUCAGUUCUUCUUCUCGCCAAAGAGGGGUCAUUACCAUUGCCCGUGGACACGAGUGUGUUCGAUGAAGCCAUCGAAAGUGACCUGCCUCCGUUACAAUUUCCUGAGGACGAUUUUUGGAACGUUUUCAUCACGGUCGCUAAUUCUACGUUAGAAAUUUGGUUACGAAUAAUAGGACCUCAAUAUAGUGAUGCUUUUGAAACACUCCUAGCAGAUAUGGCAAAAUACUACGAUAGCUCUGGCACUGCAGUUGACAAAUCUAUGAUUAUAAGAGACGCCUGGUAUGCGGUCAAUUUGGACGACGGCGGCUGGCAACGAGCCAAAAUAAUGGACUUCGAUGAAGAAACAGCCUCCGUAUUUUUAGGAGACCACGGAGACGACGACGUCGUGGCUUUAAAUAAAAUUAGAAUUCUAGAUUCUAAAUUCAGGAAAUUACCCCCGCAGGCGAUCCUUUGCCGACUGGAAGGCGUGGAGGAGCUGGCGGCGAGCGCGGCGGCGGCGGAGCUGGUGCGGCGCCGACUGCCCGGGGAGGUGCUCGUGGCGGCGCCCGGCGCCCGCACCGACCCCACCGACCCCUCCAUCGCGCUCGUGCUCUACGACACCUCCACGCAGCGCGACCUCAACCUCAACAAGGAGAUCGUGCACGACUUCUGCAUUUCCGGCGCCUUUUCAAUCACGCAGAAGCCGUGCGAGGUGGAGGUGAAGUGCGUGACGGAGGAGGGGCGCGUGUGGGUGUCGGCGGCGGGCGGCGCGGACACGGUGCGGGCCGCGCUGGCGCUGCUCACGGCGGGCCCGUACCGCCGCCAGCUGCCCGCCGCGCCCUUCGCGCCCUCGCCCAACGCCGCCACGCUCUACAUCGUGCGCACGCUCGCCGGCGACUGGGUUCGCUGCACUAUUAUAAGCGGCCUGGACGGCGAGGGCACAGUGCGAACGCAACUCGUCGACAGCGGCCUUAUCCUGCGGGCUCCCCUGUCAUCGUUGGUUCCCUUGCAGACCUUUUCGCCGGCUCUCAACGCCUACCCAUUUCAGGCGAUGUUGGUCCGCCUGGGCCACGCCGAGCGCGCGGCGGCCGCCAUGGUGAGCCGGCUGCGCGAGCUGGUGCUGGACCAGCGCGUGCUGUGCCGAGCGCUCCCCGGCACGGGCGCCGCGUCGUCCGCGCCGCACGUCGAACUGUUCGUCCGCACGGAGCCGCAGAAUAUGCUCGCCUCCGUCAACAACGACAUCUUUAUGGAGCACGAGUACCUAAACCAGGACAAGGUGAAAGAGCAGAAGAAGGACACCCCGAAUCCCGUAGAGGCGUUAAAUAAAAAGAAGGAGCGCUUAUACCGGACCGCUAGUGGUGCGGACGAGCGGCCGGAGCGCGCCGCCCUGCCGCCCCCCACCCUGCCCUCCCCCGGACAGUGCUUUGACGUCUACGUGGCGAUGGCCGCCAAUCCCUGGAAUUUUGUGGUUCAACCGAACAGUACGAGACACAUGCUACAAACUAUGAUGUCUUCAUUGCAAAUUGAAUGUCCGAAGCUAUCGCAGACAGACGCGCCCCUUAAACCGGCCAAUGGGGAGCUGUACACGGUGUAUUAUGCAAAAGAUUUAUCGUGGUACAGAGUGACAGUGGCGGGAUCUGUGUCGUCGGAGAUAGUGUCAGUGUAUUUUUGCGACUACGGUGACCUGGCGCUAUUCGAAAUCCAAGCGCUGCGUCCGGUGCCUCCUACCGUGCCGCUAGCCCGCACGCUGCCCCCGCAGGCCAUCAAGGCGCGUCUCUACGACGUAUUGCCACUACACCAAGACUGGGCAGUAGAAGAUUGCAUUAGAUUUCAGGAACUGUGCGUAGAUCAGCAAUACGUAGGUAUCUGCAAAGAUGUAGGCAAAGAUCCAUUAAACACAAACGAGCCCUUGUUAACUUUAGAACUUAUUGAUACGUCCACCGAUGAGGAUGUUUAUUUAAACAAACAAUUAGUGUCCGAAGGAAGGGCUAGACUGGCGUCAGCAACCUAGUUGUGAAUGUUCCUAGUGCUAAUAACAUUAUUAACCGAAAAUUUCAGAAUGUAACUUUCAGUCAAUUGCAUGAUUUGAACGUACUUAACAAAUAUUAAAAACAAACUUUCUUUUGCACAAAAAUUAUAUUAAAAUAACCAUAGUUUUGCACAAUUCAUCAAUCCUGUUACAUUCUGUUAUAAAAAUGGUUGUUGUGUUGUUUAUUGCUGUUGUGUUUUAUAUAAACGAAAGACUUUGUGAUAUAAUCUGAUAUUUAAUAUUUUUUAAUAAUUUUGUACAUGACAUUGAUCUUUAUUUAAAACGAGACAAUUGCAUUCAUGCUGUACUGAGUUAACAACAUUAUAAAUAAUUUAAUUUUGUCGACCCCAAAAUUUCAAUAUUGUACUCGUAGUCUAGAACAGACGUAAAGGCGAUAUAUCAAGAUUGUUUUUGCUCAAAUAUAAAAUGUGGAUACAGAUGAAUCUGAUGUCGAAAUUGAAUACAAUAUUUUCAACAGAUUUUAUCGUAGAUGUAGAUAUAUUUGUUACAUUCGUUUGAUUACAUUCCGUGAUUAAGAUAAUGCCAUUAAUAAUGAAGUAUCAUCUCGGUUGGUAUUUUUUAACUACGAUAAAACUGUUUAGAGAAUUGUAUUAACUGCCUUUUAUAUAAGCAAUACUUAGUUGUAGGGAUUUUCAAUUGAGAGCAUUUUUGUUAUAUGUUACCAAAAACUGCUGAUAAAGUGGGAUUAAAAAUAUUAUCUAUCUUAAUCGUCAAAUUUUAAUCAAAACAUAAUUUUUCAGUACUUUUAAUAUUAUAGCUACAUAUAAGGCAACAUACCCGCCCAUAAUAACCAUUAAUUACUUGGUUUUUUUUUUUGUGAAAUAUUUAUCAUAAACAAUAUCUUGUCGGACUUCUUCCAAAAAAGGUAAACGGGUACCUUUUUUGAAAGAUGACGUCUGUUAAUGAUUUUCAUAAGUCAAAGAUUAUAAGCGAGUUAUUAAAGUAGAAAACAAACUGUUAUAAGUACUGGCACGGAUCUUGGGUGAAAGUGAAGGUCGAUUGGCGCAUCGUGCCUCCAUCGAAAUAAAUUGUUAACUAUCUAUUUAAUUAUAAUUUUUUUGGAGAUCGUUUUACUAACUUUGUUUGUAAAUAAUUUUUGACGAAAAUAACGUCGACCUUAGGAUUUCAAACAGCAUUCAAAAUAUUUUGUUUAAAAUAAAGUUAAUUACUUAAAAUUAACCUGAUGAAUAAUAACUCUAAACUCGUUAUCAUUGUACGAAAAGGUUGAUUGAUACUCAUUAUUGAGUAACAUGUAGUGGAUAGUUGGAUAGGUUUCGGCCGAGUUAAGUGAUGAUCUAAUCAAGCAUCCUUAUCCAAAGCACAAUUUCUUAACCCUUGCGUCAUACCUUAUUGCUAUAGAAAUGUAAAAAUGGGUUCUGUGCAGAUGAAUUCGAUGUUCAAGAUCCGGGCUGUUCCUUAUAAAUAUGUGGUCAGUCCGAGCAUAUUUAAUGGGGUUAACAAUUGAUAAUGUGGCACAUAUCUUGUUCCCUAAAACAUUAUGAUUUAAAUAUUAAAAAAAUAUAUAAAACGUAUGCCAUAAUUAUAACUGAUUUAAAGAUUAAAAGGAUGAGCUAUAAACAAGGGCCAUAACAGUUCAGAUUUCACUUGCCAACCCCAUUAGAUUUCUUUAAGAGGAAGCGCGGGUGCCGAAAAAUUUUAAUAAGAUUAAAAUAUUUACAUAUCGUCGUUGUCAAACGAAAAUCUGCUAUGUGCAGUUUUUGACCUUUUCGAAUAGUUCACAGCCCUAUCUACCGUAUAAAAAAAACUGUUAUAUGUGUAUGUAUUGUCUAUAGGUAGCUUUAAUAUUUAUCUAUAGCUUUCAUUUGAUAUAGUUCUUAAAAAUUUACUUUCAUAUAAAAUUUUAUAAGAAAAUGUGUUUACUCGUUAAUUCAAAAUAGAGUUUUUGCACAUAGCAGAUUUUGGUUUGACAGUUACGAUAUAUUACUUUCAUUGACCGCGAAUAGAGCAACUACAGCUCAGACUGAAAAUAUCUAUGCACGACGUGUGAUAUUUAUUCUACAGUUCCCUCCUCUAAAAUUGUUACAAUAUGAUAUUUUUUCAAAAAAUAUUUUGUUUACUGGGUGUUUUACUUAUGUGUAGUUUAACUGGAAAAACUUGCGGAUAUCUGGAAUGGGUCAUGAGUGUUAGAAAUAUAGAGAAUAUGAUAUAUUAUAUAAUAUUGGAUUUUGUGUCAUAAUAAGGGAGGGAGCUGGGAAUACGUUUGUAUGGACUAAACAAAACCCCGUUUUCUUUUAAAACUGCUGACGGCCUCUACCUUUGUGCAAAAAGAUUGUUUAAUUUGAAAUUUCAAUCAUUCCAACAUGCACAUUAUCUUUAACAAAAUAUGUGUUGAUAUGCUAGAUCUUCUAAGUUACUAAGAUGCUAUUAAGUUAGUGGAUAUAUACAUACAUCUGAAUAGGCUGUUUCAAUCGUUUAUUUAUAAAAAGCUGAAAAAUAAAGUAUACUCCUGCA